CCGGCGGCCUUGUGCUAGUACCCACCUCGCGAUCGACCUCCCUCUCGAACUCAAAGAUGGCCGGCACCACAAGGUGUAGUAUCAGAGGCAGCAACGCUCCCGGCUUGGCCCUGCCAUGCUUGCUGCUGCUGCUGCUGCUCGCGGGCGCAGGCGUCUCCAACGGCCAGCUCCAGGUGGGGUUCUACUCCAAGUCCUGCCCGGACGCCGAGUCCACCGUGGCGUCCGUCGUCCGGCAGUCCGGGUCCGCCGACCCCACCAUCCUCCCGGCGCUCAUCCGGCUCCAGUUCCACGACUGCUUCGUCCGCGGCUGCGACGGGUCGGUGCUCAUCAAGGGCGGCGGCAACAACAACAACAACGCCGAGGUGGACAACGGCAAGCACCAGGGCCUCCGCGGCCUGGAGAUCAUCGAGGGCGCCAAGACGCAGCUCGAGGCGCAGUGCCCCGGCGUCGUCUCCUGCGCCGACAUCGUCGUGCUCGCUGCCCGAGACGCCGUCGCCUUCACCGGCGGGCCGUCGUUCGACGUGCCCACGGGGCGGCUCGACGGGAAGGUGUCCAACCUGCGGGACGCCGACGCGCUGCCGGACGUGCACGACGGCAUCGACGCGCUCCGCUCCAAGUUCCGCGCCAACGGCCUUGACGAGAAGGACCUCGUCCUCCUCACCGCUGCGCACACGGUGGGCACGACGGCGUGCUUCUUCCUCCAGGACCGGCUCUACAACUUCCCGCUGCCGGGCGGCGGGCGGGGCUCGGACCCGACCAUCCCGCCGGGCUUCCUGUCGGAGCUCAAGGCCCGGUGCGCGCCGGGGGACUUCAACACGCGCCUGGCCCUGGACCGCGGCAGCGAGAACGUCUUCGACACCUCCAUCCUCCGCAACAUCCGCAACGGCUUCGCCGUCAUCGGCACCGACGCCGCGCUCUACAACGACACGGCCACGGUCGACGUCGUCGACUCCUACUCCGGCCUGCUCAGCAACUUCUUCGGGCCCUACUUCCGGCAGGACUUCGCGGACGCCAUGGUCCGCAUGGGCAGCGUCGGCGUGGUCACCGGCAGCAAGCAGGGCGAGGUCCGGAAGGUCUGCUCCAAGUUCAACUGACUGAUUCCGCUCCCGCCAAUGCAAUGCAAGCGCGUACCGUCCAUAGAUCGUCCCUUCAUUCAUUGCACACAGCUAGCUGGCUGGCCGGCCCCAUCCAUAUAAGCAUGAAGAGCACGUACGUACGGUGGGGUUUGGUUGCCUGCUUUCAUGGCAGUGUUUCUCUCUUCUUCAUCCAUUCGUUCCAUUCAUGAGUACAGAGUACACACAUCGCGUAGAUCUCUCGUCUCACUGUGCAAAUUAAAGGGAGGUUCAAGCAGUGCUUCACUAGCUGUGUAUGUAUAGUAUCGACGAAACGGAAACUGCACAAGGUUUUGAAAAAGCAAUUUGCUUAGCUUUAAGAUCUGUGCAGCUCUCCUUCUGAUGCGGUACACAUAUAUAUAGCUACACUGUGGCGUAUAUAUAGGGUAUAACAUGAAUUACUCGGCCUUGUGUUUACAUAGAAAUUACUACAUGAGUCUUGUUGUUCGGUUUUGGAAAUUCAUUUGCUGUUGUGUCUACUGUAACUGUAAAAAGUGUUGAUUUUUAUAUUGCAAUAUAUAUUCAUCUGCUUAAUUAU